AUGGAGACCUAUAAUGGUCAUGUGCGGACUCCUGCUGAUGCGAUAAUUCUCUUCGAAGCAUGUCGCAUCGGUCUGCUGCCUCGUGUGCAGCGCCGUCUGUCUGAGAAGGAGCGGCAGUCGAUCAAGUCUGGCUCUGUCUUCGUCUGGGACGAGCGGGAGGCUGGUAUGCGACGUUGGACCGACGGAAAAUCGUGGAGUGCAUCGCGCGUCAGCGGCAGCUUUCUAACGUAUCGCGAAAUGGAAGGCAAGCGUGGCGGUGGCAGCUCGUUUGACAAGUCUGCCAACCGCGACGGCAUGCCUCAAGAUGGCGACAGCGACGGCGGUCCAGACGGCUAUCGCUACAAGCCAGAUGGCCUGAUGAAGCAGUCUUUCUCUAUCACCACCAACCAGGGUCAGCAUCUCCACCUGAUCAGCUACUUCUCGCGGUCAGCGACAACAGCACAAGGUCUCAUCCAGCCCUCCCAGGACCCUCAACUACGACACAUCCGCCCGGAGAAGGGCAUGUAUCCUGACUCGACAGUGCACGAAGGCAGCAAUAUACCUGCCGUAACUCGUGGCCCAAUGGGAUCGCCUGGUCAUGCCUACGCUCCUAAUCAGCCGCCUCCGUAUGGCCGAGGCUACCCAUACCACCAUCCUCAGUGGCCGCCAAGCCCAAUGCACACUCCACCUCCACACCACUACUCGCCGUACUAUCAGCAUCCUCAUGCCGCGUACGCACAUGGAAUGCAUUACCCACCACCGCCAACAUCAUAUGGACACCCUGGCAUGACUGCUUUCGACCGACCACCGCCAAUGGGCGCCAACGGUUUACCACCUCCGCCACCCGCCGGAUACGGCCAGCCUCCUUACCAAGGCAGCUAUCCGCCACCUCCGCCAACGUACCAUAGCGCAUACCCAGCAUAUCAGCCGCCACCGCUUCAAGCACCACCAUAUCCUGAGGCCAACAGAAACCAGUCUCACGAGCACCGCCCGUCCCAGCAAUCUGAGGCACAGCAGCCUACACGCGCAGCAUCUGAGAACAAGGACGACCGUACAGACGCUGCAGCACAGACUGCCUCACCCAAGAAGGAUGAACCGCAAGCAUCUUCGGGAGCUGACAAGGCACCUGUUGCCUCGGGCCAGACGAUUCCUAGCAUUUCCGCCAUGUUGAAUGCUGGUGAGAACGGCCAACCACCUCCACGCACAAGCAGCCGCAGCCCAACCGGGCCAGCUCGUGGUCUUCAAGACAUUCCAAGCCAUAAGCUGGGCUUCGAGGCGAGUCGCGACGUCCACACCCUUCGUGCUUUGGACAAGACCAACUUCAAGUUCUAG